AUGGCCGGUUCGGGCAUUACUUUCAAGCCUCUCGCGCCGACCUUUGGCGCUGAGGCCAUCGGCGUCGACUUCUCCCAGCCCGUGCCGAAAUCAACCAUCGACCUCAUCCGGAAUGGCAUGGCCCUCUAUGGCAUGCUCGUAUUUCGCGCAACGCAGCUGGAUGACGCCGGCCACGUAGCAUUCGCCAGCCAGUUCGGUGACUUGGACGACCAAACCCCCUGGCUCGCCCCCGGUCAGCCCUAUCGUCUUGGACAAUGGACUCAACUGAGCGAUGUAGGCAACAUCGAGGCUGACGGCCAGGUUGUGCAGAAAGACAGCAUCCGCUACCAGAUCAACCAGGGCAACAGACUGUUCCACGUUGACUGUAGCUACAACCCCCGCCGGGCGGGCUUUUCUAUCCUGAGGGCUCAUACUCUCCCUCCCAGCGGCACAGGUGGCGGCACUGCCUUCGCGGAUUCCCGCACUGCGUACAACGACCUGGAGGCGCAGACCAAGGAGAAGAUCAAGGACUUGGUCCUCUGGCAUAGCCUGUGGCAUUCCCGGCGUCUGGGUGCGCCCGACAGCGAGAUUCUGCAGGGCAUCGACCCGGAGGCGCACGCCAUGGCGCGGCACAAGCUUGUGCAGCUCCACGAGCCCAGCGGUCGGAUGACCCUGUACGUUGCCCGGCACGCCUUUCGGGUGGACGGGUGGACCCGGGAGGAGAGCGAGCCGGUGAUCGGCGAGCUGCUCAGCCACGCCAGUCAGGACAAGUAUACUGUACAGGUGGAAUGGGAGAACGACGGUGAUUUGAUCAUGUGGGACAACACUUGCGUGAUGCACCGUGCUACUGGCGGCGAAUACCAAGGAAAGUACGUGCGCGACAUGCGGCGGGCUACCGUUCUUGACUCGUCCUCUACUGCUUGGGGUCUGAACGAUCCGAGCGGCGAGCGGUCCGGCAUGUUUGCGUCCACCACCAAGAACACAUCGUGGGUCAAGACUGAGGGAGGAGGCGAAACUGAGGUUCACGCCUGA